GCGCGUAAUUAAAACGCACCCCACCUCUGGCCCGUCUAUAUAAAGGCUCUACUCUUCAUGUUCGUGGGCUAGGUCUAGGUGGGAGCAGGAACCAUUGCUUUCUCAUCAGUCUCCUAUUCCCUGACAUAGCUUCGAGAUACAUGUUCACUCUACAUUUUGUGCUAAGAUAUCUUACUAUUGCACGUCCAUUUCUCGGGACGAUUUCCUUCUUAAACCGUCACUCAUCGCCCAGUCUCGCUCUUCUCAAAACCGACACAUGAAUUCCUCGUCCGCACAUGACGAGCUCAACGUUCGGAAGGGCAUUGCGAACUCCAAGCACAGCCCAUACAAAGCAACUAUGGGUGUGCUAGGUUCUACGCCCACCGGGACAGAUCCAGUUGCAUCUCGCCCAGACGCAAUGGCACCAAACCAACAUAAGCUCGCCACCUCCAGUACCAGUACCUCGCAAGCCCAAGCCCAACUGGCGGCACCUACAACCCAGGGCCGAGAUAUCAGCAGCAAAAACACCGGCAAAAUGGCAAUGGCGUCACAGGCCGCCGUCACGAUCGGCACCGUCAGCUCGAGCGAUGACGCCUUUCCCCGUCUCCCGGUUUCCCUCCAUCCCAAGUGCUUCCUCCUCCGUGCCCCUACCUCUCCUACAGCACCGGGACACAUAGUUCCCCUCAUCCCACUUGAUUUGCUUCCCGACCAUAUUCAGAUCGUCGGUCUUCCGCGUCACCUUUCUCCGAGACACGUAGCGGGGAUGGCCAACCUUGGAACCAUUCCGAGCACGGCAGACGGUGCGGUCUACAAGCUGCGCAUCGUCUCGGACGACGACGGAGUUUCCCCGACUGCCCCGUGCCGUCUUUCCGCUUCUUUGGGCGAGACUGCAGAUAGCAGUGAUAAUACCACCAGAGCCGGUGUCGAGAAGGCGACCACGACACAUCUUCGUGAGCCAACUCAGCCAAAGGCGGCGAGCGAAAAACGUGACAGCUUCCGUUCUUCUUCUUUUUCGUCUUCAGAUCCAUCUCCCUCUCCCUCCUCGUCGCCAUGUUCUCCGGCGCGUGAUUUACCUACCGUUACUCCCGUAUCCCAACAGCAUCCAGCCGACCGCAUGCUCCAAGCCCAAGCCAUGACGGACGCAGAGGGGUCCCGCAUGCCGCCACAGACCAGCGCCGAGAGGUGGAAGAGCAGCAGGUACAACGGCAAAACCAGCAAUAGCACGAGCCAAAACCACAACCACUGCAGCAACGGUAGCGACCAUGACGGCAAUACCAGCAGCAAUAAUAGCAGCAACACUAAUAACAACAACAACAAGAAUAGCAGCAACAACAGCAGCAACAACGGGCAGGGCAGCAGACUCUUAUGUCGGCAUUGGUGCCAUCACGGGACGUGCUGGUAUGGGUUGUACUGCCGAUUCCAACACACGAUGCCCACGACACUCGAGGGCCUGCAGGAGCUGGGUAUGAAGGAACUGCCCCCGUGGUUCCAGUCGGCCAUGCGGCUGACGCUGGAUGAAUGGUUCGCGACCGGGAUGAAUACGCCGGGAGCGCAGAGGGGAAGCGUGGGGCAGAGUCACCAGCCGCCGGGGUCUCAUUACAUGCCAGGGAACGGGUUAGGAGGAGGCGGAAUGGGAGCGAAGAUGGGCGUGCCGGUGGAUAUGCGCAUGGCGGCGGCCAUGGUCGGAAGAGGCGGGGUCAACACCGCAGGUGACCUUUUCGAGAGGAAAAGACAACUGCAGGCUCGGCUGCAGCAACGAGAUGGGGAGCGAGAGCGAGAGAGCCAGAGCCGACGGAUAGAGGAGAGAGAAAUGGAGAAAGCGAAGGGAAAGGAAACCCGUGAGAUGGAGAGAGUGGAGAGAUUGGAGAAGCUGGGAAUACUGCACAUGGACAAGAUCACAGCCGGCACGGACGGGCGUAAGGACAGGGGUCCUGAGAAGGUCGUGGGCAAUCUCCUUGAUAUCUGAGAGGUCCAGGCCGUAGGGAUGUGACGAAAUGAGCUGAGAAGGGAGGGAUGCCUGGCCGAAUGGUAGAUUCUGAAUCGACACGAAAAGAAAGAAUAAGGGAAAAAAAGGGGGGGAGGGGACGAGAG